UUGCUCUGUGAAGGAGCCAUGGCGUAUAUAGCUAGCAGUAGAAGCGGAUGAACAUUUUUUCGACCAAAUCAUCUUGGUCCCACGUCUUAUUGCUGGCUCAGUGUAUCGCCAUCAUGGUGUGGUUUGGACAACUAUGACAAUAUUUGAUUGUAUAGUAACUUGGCGUCUAAUCGUAAGUUCAUACUGAUCAAUUAUGAUCGUAAUAUUUUUUGGGAUGUUUAAAUAAAUUAUCUGGAAAAAGCUUGUUGACCUGGGCGCUAAUGUUAGCAAAUUGGCUAGCUAAGAAAAGGGUCUGAAAGCGGAAGUGGGGACGUUUCCGUAUACCGGCUGACAAGGUUCAUUGAUUGGUGGAAACCGCAAGUGAUGGAUGGAGACAUGGAUUCAGCAGGGCCGGAGAGGAUUCUGCUGGAACCCUACAAGUACCUGCUACAGCUGCCAGGAAAACAAGUACGGACUAAACUCUCUCAGGCGUUUAACCACUGGCUCAAUGUUCCCGAGGACAAACUUCAGGUGAUCAUAGAAGUGACUGAGAUGCUCCACAACGCCAGUCUCCUGAUCGAUGACAUCGAGGACAGUUCUACAUUGAGGAGAGGUUUCCCUGUAGCCCACAGCAUCUACGGAGUCCCCUCUGUUAUCAACUCUGCCAACUACGUCUACUUCCUGGGACUGGAGAAGGUGCUAACCCUGGAUCACCCCGAGGCGGUGCAUCUGUUCACCAGACAGCUGUUGGAGCUGCACCGCGGCCAGGGCCUAGACAUCCACUGGAGGGACACCUACACCUGUCCCACAGAGAGCCAGUACCGUACCAUGGUCCUCCAGAAGACGGGGGGUCUGUUUGGCCUGGCCGUGGGGCUCAUGCAGCUGUUCUCUGGCUGGAAACAAGACCUUAAGCCUCUCCUGGAUACGUUAGGACUCUUCUUCCAGAUCAGAGACGACUACGCCAACCUCAACUCAACAGAGUACAGCGAGAACAAGUCCUUCUGUGAGGAUCUGACCGAGGGGAAAUUCUCCUUCCCCACCAUCCACGCCAUCUGGUCCCGUCCAGAGAGCACUCAGGUCCAGAACAUCCUGAGACAGCGGACGGAGAACGUGGACAUUAAGAGGUACUGUGUGGACUACCUGGAGAAGGUGGGCUCAUUCGCCUACACCAGAGAGACCCUGAGAGGGCUGGAGGCCGAGGCAUACCGCCUUAUCACAGACCUGGGGGGAAACCCUGAGCUGGAGGGAUUAGUGAAACACCUCAGUAAGAUGUUUAGGGAGCCUGAGACAAAAGCUGGCCCUAAAGAGGACUGACCGCAUCUACCAAACAGUUACACAACUGUCAAACAUGAGCCAGGGGUCAGGGGUCAGGGGGCGCAGUCGAGCCACAGAACACUGACAUCAUGCUCACCACCACACUGACACACGGCUGGAUUAUACAGAGUCCCCCUGAGCAUGAUAACUAUACCAAGCCAAGAACUCACAGCUUCGCAAACCUCGUGUUUCUAGUACUCUAGACAAAUGUCAAACACAACACGUAUACAGCGUUAUAAAUAUGGAGAAGAGGAGGUAUGGUCAUCACAUGGUCUUGUCAGAAGAACGAUGUCUCUACAAAAAAAACUUUAAAAAUGUAAGCGUUACUUGCAGCUUACAAAAGUUUCUUAUUUUAUUUUUAUUUUAUUUCAAUACUAAAUGGAAAUGAGUUCCCGGCUUUAGUGUUUUAGUGAAUGCCAAGUGUCAAUGAGGUGUAGAAGAAAAUACGAGGCCAGAUUUCUGAGGACGACCAGAGUUCGGUGUGUAUUAGAGGAAUGAAUACUCUGUUUGUACCAAUGUGUUUGGUUAUUGUCUGCUACCUUCACCUAAAGUCGAAGUGCGUCUCUGGUUCAACGCCUCAACGCCCCAGAUGUUUCACCUGCAACACAGCAUGUUCUCGACAUUAUUACGUUUGUUUACGUUGAGACUGUACACUGCAUAUGACUUAUAUGUAACACACAUGAAUUCAUUGAAUAAAACCUUUUUUGACAAAUGGCA